UGCGCUCCAUGCGUCAGGAAGUGACGUUAGAGUGAACGCGCACAUGUGCCGGACACAGCAUGUUUCUGCAGCACAUGUUUGUGUUUAUGUGACUGAAUAACGGAGUAGCCGAUCUAAAACCCACGAACAGGAGCAGGUCAUGACGGGUGAGCAGGAGCGGUACCCGCCGCCGAGCUUCAGCGGAGCAUCAGAGACUUCCGUUUCACCGGGGGAUCCGUGGACCGGCCGCCGGUUCGAGGCGAGCAGAGACUGGAGCUGGAGCUGGACUCAACCCAUGCCCGCCGGACCCUGGAGCUCGACCCCCGGCCAGUGGAACCAGCAGCCGCGGGGUCACGGACAGCAGCAGUACAGAGGUAAUCAUCAUCAUCAUCAUCAUCAGCGCGGUGUCUGGUGGGGAUCAGGGCAGCACGAGAGGGGUAAAAAGAAGCAGCAGAAAGAGCCGGAGUUCAGUCACUUCUGCGACACGUGUGAUCGAGGCUUCAAAACCCAAGGCAAAUAUGAUGAGCACAUCUCUCAGCACGUGAAGUGCUCUGUUGAAGACUGUCGCUUCACUGCACAUGAGAAACUGGUGAAGAUCCACUGGAGAAACAACCACGCGCCGGGAGCCAAGCGGAUCCGACUGGACUCGGCAGAGGACAUCGCCAAGUGGAGAGAAGAGAGACGCCGACACUAUCCGACGCUGAGGAACCUGGAGAAGAAGCAGAAGCUGGUGGAGGUGAAGGAGCAGCGAGGAGACGUGCUGGAGACGCCGCAGUUCGGGCGUGUGAGGAGCCGUGGCGGAUCGAGUCAGAAGCGACCGACGCAGGAGCGAGACCCGCUAGCAGUGCUAGCCGACAGUGAACCCGAGUCGGAUAAGGACGAGCCGCAGACGGGACUCUCUGUCGCCCCCCGGUGUGUGACCUCUGCCCUCGGGUCACUGAUGUCCAGCUACGGGGACGCCAUGACCAGCAGCGACAGCGACGGAGAACCAGACGACGGUGCUGUGUUGAGAGCGACUCUGGCUGUACAGGAGAACAAGACAUUACUGGCUGAUGAUGCGCUUCCUGUCCAGAGGGACACCGAGAAACAAACAGACAAGCAAUCCCAUCAUGCCCCACAGCAAUUCCAUCAUGCCCCACAGCAAUCCCAUCAUGCCCCACAGCAAUCCCAUCAUGCGCCACAGCAAUCCCAUCAUGCCCCACAGCAAUCCCAUCAUGCCCCACAGCAAUCCCAUCAUGCCCCACAGCAAUCCCAUCAUGCCCCACAGCAAUCCCAUCAUGCCCCAGCCAGCAGAGGAAGGGGAAGAGGAAGAGGAAAGGGGAGAGGAAGAGGCGGAGCUAACCCUGCUGAACCCCAGCGACAUCGAGCGACACUUCUGGAGAUGCUUCUGGCUCCGGACAUUCGCCACGAGAGGAACGUCGUCCUGCAGUGCGUUCGCUACGUCGUCCGCCGUGGGUUCUUCGGUCUGGCUGGAAAAAACCGGCACGAAAUCGACGUGUGUGUGAAGGAUGAGCGCGGUGAUGAUGUCACUGGGCGCUCGGAAACCCUCGGGUGUGUGGACGAGAGUCCGGCCGGAGCGAGUGUGUUCCAGCAACUGUUCGCUCAGGGUUUGGUGUGUGACGAUCCAGAGCAGACGUGAUCAUCCAGACUCAACACACACACCGGGAAACUCACCCGGUCAUGUGACGAGCACGUGAUCGACGGGGAGAGACACUGAAGCGCUGGAAGUGUGUGUGAAUCUGCUCAGACGCUCCUCCCGCAGCAGGACAAAUGAACACGGGAGUUUUUAUCGCACAGUUACAGACUUUAACCUGCAGUUGCAAAUGUAGAACUCACAAUUCUGAACUUGUGAACUUCAGAAUUGAGUCGGAACUGAGAGAAAAAUCUUAAUUGUAAGAUAUAAACUCGCAAUUCUGACUCUUUUUACAAUUAUGAGAUACAGUCUCAGAAUUGCGAGUUAUAAAGUCUGAAUUGUGAGAACUCACGAUUGCAGUGAAAAAAUUCAGAUUUUAUGAGUUUAUAAGUCAGAAUUGCGAGACAUAAACAUGUGUUUGCAAAUAUAUAUAUAUAUUUUUUUUUUCUCACAACCCGGAUUUUUUCUCGCAAACGCAACUUUUUUUUCCUCACAAUUUGGACUUUUUUUUUCCAACUGUGUCUUUUUAACUACCAAAUCCGCCUUAAAAAAAAAAAAAGCAGAAUUGUGAGUCGGAGUUGCGAGAAAAAUCUGAAUUGUGAUAUGAAUUGGCAAUUCUGCCUUUUUCCCUUGUAAUUCCAAUGGUAUAUCUUGAACUUUUUUUCACAAUUGUGAAUUGUGAGGAAAAAGUUGCUUAAGUUUUUUUUGUCGGAAACGAGCUUCCAUAGAUUUUUUUUUUUUUUUCUUACAAAUUAUGCAUUUGUUCUUUCAAAACAAAAGAUGACAACAAUACAAAUGAAUUUGAUCUGUGUAACACUUCCAUUAGUUUUCUGCACUAUAAAGCAGGUCAAUAAAGGAAGUGCUUGGACGUG